AUGAUCAGGGACAUACAGCUUGCCAUCUUCCCCAAAAUGCUGGGCAUGUCGCUUUUCUUGCUCGAGGUUCUCUAUCACUCUGUAGCAGUCAACAAUCCUAACAAGCAAGAAUGA